ACAUCUGCAUCUGAUAUUUAUAGUAUUGCAAUGAUUAUGUGGGAAGUUUCUUCUGGUCAACCACCUUUUUGUAAUUCAAACCAUGAUUAUCAACUUGCAUUGGACGUUGUUAAUGGUGAGAGACCAAAAUCAGUACCAGGAGUUCCUAUAAAAUACAAAGAAUUAAUGGAACAAUGUUGGGAUGCUAUUCCAGAAAAGAGACCUGAUAUUGGUACAGUUUUAGAUAGAAUGAAAGAAAUAAGA